AUGUCAUUUCGAAAUAGAUUACGUGUUUUUCCUUCUGCAAAAAUUUCGGAUUCAGAUUCUAAAAGUGAAAAUUUGCAGAAUCGGCGAGCUGAGGUGCUUGGGCAUUAUGCGCAAUUCAAGGAGUUCGCACGAAUCAAACGUGAUCGCCUGGAAGAGGCACGACAGUUCCAGUACUUCAAACGAGAUGCCGAUGAACUGGAGAUCUGGAUACUGGAGAAGUUGCAGACUGCAUCGGAAGAGUCGUUUCGAGAUCCCACUAAUCUCCAGGCGAAAAUCCAGAAGCAUGAAGCAUUCGAGGCGGAAGUGCAUGCCCAUUCGAACGCGAUUGCUCAGCUUGACAAGACGGGCAAUGAUAUGAUACAACAUCAGCAUUUCGCAUCCGACAUCAUCAAGAAACGACUAAAUGAGCUGCAUUCGCUUUGGGAUCAGUUGUUCUUCAAGCUCAAAGACAAGGGCAUCAAGCUGCAGCAGGCACUUAAGCUACUCCAGUUCAUCAGACAAUGCGAUGAAGUGUUGUACUGGAUUCGCGAUAAAGAAGCGUUUGUUACAGCUGAAGAUUUUGGCCAGGAUUUGGAACAUGUUGAGAAACGACUAAAUGAGCUGCAUUCGCUUUGGGAUCAGUUGUUCUUCAAGCUCAAAGACAAAGGCAUCAAGUUGCAACAGGCGCUCAAGCUACUCCAGUUCAUCAGACAAUGCGAUGAAGUGUUGUACUGGAUUCGCGAUAAGGAAGCGUUUGUUACAGCUGAAGAUUUUGGCCAGGAUUUGGAACAUGUUGAGUUCUUCGAAACAGAAAUGAAGUAUUUCCAGGUUCUGCAAAGAAAAUUUGAGGAAUUUUUGAAAGAGCUCGGUAAUCACCAUUAUCGCAUCACUGAGGUCAAUCAGGCUGCUGAUAAGCUGAUCGAGGAGGGCCACACCGAGCACGAAACAAUCAACAAGAAGAAGGAUGAGGUGAACGAAGCAUGGCAUCGUUUGAACACGCUCGCUGCAACUCGGCGUGAAGGAUUGUUUGGAGCGCAUCAGGUACAACGUUUCAACAGAGACAUCGACGAAACCCUGGCAUGGAUUGGUGAAAAAGACGCUACCCUGUCAACCGAUGAUUAUGGACGGGAUUUGAAUAACGUGCAGGCGUUGCAGCGCAAGCAUGAAGGAACGGAACGUGAUUUGGCUGCAUUAGAUGCCAAGAUGAAUUCGUUGUCGAAUGAAGCGGAACGACUUGCGCAAGUUCACCCGGACCGAGCCGAUGCAAUUAUGGCAAAGAUGAAUGAAGCAAAGGAGCAGUGGGGUGCACUGAAGCGCAAAGCACAAGCACGUAAAGAUGGCCUCGAUCGAUCUUAUAAUCUCCACCGAUUUCUUGCCGAUUAUCGCGACCUGUGCUCAUGGAUUAAUGACAUGAAAGCGGUAAUAUCAGCUGAUGAGUUGGCCAAAGAUGUUGCUGGCGCAGAAGCAUUGCUCGAAAGCCACCAGGAGCAUCGGGCGGAGACGUGGAUGACAAAGCAAGAGGCAUUCCUGGCCAACGACGAUCUUGGCGAUAGCUUGGAUAGCGUGGAAUCGCUGAUUAAAAAGCAUGAAGAUUUCGAGAAGUCACUGGCAGCGCAGGAAGAGAAAAUCAACGCUUUGGACGAAUUUGCAACGAAAUUGAUCCAGGGCCAGCAUUAUGCGGCCGAUGAUGUGGCACGACGGCGUGCAUCGCUCCUGGACCGCAGAAGACAGCUUAUGAAAAAGGUUAGCCUGUUCCUGUUACUGUGCAGCUGUGGGUUCACUGGCCCAGAUCAAUAA